CAGAAACAGUCGGAGAAGAGGCGCAGCACAGGCUGAGGUUGGGAGCAGAAUUUACAAGGAAAUAAGGGGUUUUAUCAUUUCUGUUUCUCUGGAAGACCUGACGAUAUUACAGGACAGCUUCAGACUCCAUUAACCUUAUUAUACUGUGGGUAGCCGUCUUAUACCUGAAAAGAACGGGACAGAUCUUACAAUUUGAAGCUCUCAGCUUUUAUACCUCAUACAAAACUUGAACAACCACCUAAACCUAAAGACGAUAUAUGGCUUCACCACAGCUCCUACGCGAAGUACAUUCUGUUGACACACAACUAGAUGUGCAUAUGGAACAGCAUGCCAGUGACCUCUCGAACGAAUUCAAAAGGAGCAGCCCAUCAGGCAACGAUGAAGGAAGCCAAAGUCAGCCCAAGCAAAGCACUUUACCCAACGGCCUGAGGAAAAGCAGCAGGAAGCACCGGGACUACAUUAAGAUCUCUGUGCCUGAACCAAAGAACCGGCUGCCACUGGAAUGGUGGAAAACAGGCAUUGCCUUUGUCUAUGCCCUCUUCAACCUGGUACUAACCACGGUCAUGAUCACUGUGGUGCACGAGAGAGUCCCAGCCAAAGAGACCAGCCCACCUCUGCCCGAUAAGUUUUUUGAUUACGUUGGUCGAGUUGAAUGGGCUUUUUCUAUAUCAGAAAUAAAUGGGAUGAUUUUAGUAGGACUGUGGUGCUGCCAGUGGCUGUUCCUCCGAUACAAGUCAAUAGCAGCAAGAAGGUUUUUCUUCAUAAUGGGAACCCUUUACCUGUACAGGUGCAUGACCAUGUAUGUUACAACGCUACCUGUGCCUGGAAUGCACAUGAAAUGUGCUCCAAAGCUGCAUGGAGACUCCCAAGCCAAGCUGCAGAGGAUUCUGAAACUGAUUUCGGGCGGCGGCCUGUCCAUCACCGGCUCACACAUCUUGUGUGGCGACUUCCUCUACAGCGGACACACUGUGAUGCUGACAUUGACUUACUUGUUCAUCAAGGAAUAUUCACCCAGUCGUUUCUGGUGGUACCACUUGCUGUGCUGGCUGCUGAGUGCUGUGGGAGUGGUGUGCAUCCUGCUGGGUCACGAACACUACACUGUGGAUGUGGUCAUUGCAUACUACAUCACCACCAGACUCUUUUGGUGGUACCACACCAUGGCCAAUAUACAGACACUGAGGUCCUCCCCUCAAAACUACCUGACUCGGAGCUGGUGGAACCCAGUGUUCUGGUUCUUUGAGAAGAACGUGCAGACCCGGGUGCCUUGCUCCUUCUCUUGGCCAAUCAGCUGGCCUCCCAGCUGCUUCAAGUCCUCCUGUAAAAACUAUUCCAUGGUUCAGAACGCCAGGAGACAGUAAAGCACACACACACACACACACACACAACUCUUGCUGUGGAGUGGAAUACCUUGGGGUUUUUUUUCACAGUACACUAAACACUUUGAAAAAUACUAGAGACCAAAACACUGGCAGUUCAUGCCAAAGAAAUGUAACAAAUAAGUGCUGAUAAUAUAUUACCCAAUAAGUGGAUCUACAAACAAAAUAACUGCUAAAUAAGAAUAUUUUUCUAGCAGGUCUUAAAUGCAUUUGCUUUUUGUUUGUUCAUUUAUAUAUAUAUACACACACACACUGAAGGAAAAAAAAUUAUUUAUAUUAGAAUUUCUGUGAGAAAGUGCUUGAGAAUGUAUGUGAGACUGAGUGAGUCAGUGGGUGUCUGUAAAACUUAAAAUAAUAAAAUAAUAUGUAACUCAAUUCCAUAUUGUUACAUAUUUUAAAGACAAAACAGGCAAAAGGUUAAACUUGAACUUGAAAAUCUAAACUUGACAUAUAUAUCUUUCUUUUAAGGUAAAGUGUUUUUAAUGUGGUUGUACCCUAAAAAAAAAAAAAAACUACUAUAAGUACUGAUCUAAAAUACCGAUCAAUAUAGGCCUCAAAUGUACAGUUUCAACUAAACAUUAUAUCACAAACAUGUACAGUAUUUUUAUUUUAAAAUAUGUAAUUUAAUUUAGAUAUGUAGGGUUAUCGGGUACAAUUACUGAUUGAGGUUUAAUUGGUUAAACAAUUUAGAACAGGUUUAGAACUAAGAUGGAGAGUGGAAGGCCAACACCACUGCAACAGAUAAAAGAAGGUUCUCAGUAUGCUUACCUUCCAUAACAGGACACUUGCACUUCCUUCGUGAUUUCACCUCAGAAUGAUAUUUCUUACUGGCUGCAAAGCAUGAAGUUAUUUAGGGGAGGCAUCUGGUUGGUUACUAACAGUAAAGACAUACCUUAAGGAAGGGGACAAUUUCACUCUCCAGGUGACAUUACAAGUGCGAGACCAUCAGAAAGCAAGGCCCGCAAUCCGUUUUCUUUUACCUAGUGUAGUUCCAAAUGUACUAAAGUACAUGUUUUCUAAAAAAAAAUGAUUUCUUGCAAAACUACACAUUUAAGGUCUAUAUAGGGCUGGAUGUGGAAAAUGUAUUAUUUUGUUAACUACAAUUACUUUAACAUCUGUUUCCCUUGCUUAUAUUAUUAGCUUCAGUUCCUUCUUCAGUGCCCACUGUCUCUUAUUGUUUCAUUCAGCUUUCAAUUCUAUUAAGUUAUCAUAACUUUUAACAUUUUUGAAGCCUUUUUCACAGCAGAAAGCAAAGUGGCUUAGCAUAUCAUAUCAAAUUCUAACUGAAAUUGGAAACUCUGUACCACAAAGAAAGAAU